GUAGCAUCCAGGGGAGGAGGGAGGGUCUCGAAGCGAAGUACCGUUACGUGCACGAGCGAACCUCCCUCCGCACUCUUCCUUCCAGCGGUGGAGAAAAUACAACUUUCUGAACGGUUGCCACGACAUUAGUUGCACCUGAAGGUACCCCAUCCUCAGCGCGCCAGAGAAAUGAACUGAGGACCGAGCAGCAGACAGCACGCGUUACUUGAGGACGUCCGAUAUUCAAAAGACAAACCAUGAGGUUACAGAAGAGCCCGGGAUUGGCCGCCGUGCUUUGCCUGAUCAUCUGUAUGUGUGCCUUCUAUGCAACGACAGCCUUCGACAUCCCACUGGAGGUUUUAGGUCAUGUAAACAUCGAGCAGCUGCCCACCAUCACCGAUCAGUCGCCCAGCUCUCUCAUCGCCUUCCCCUUCGACGAGAGCUUCCCGAUGAUGUGCGAAGCCAAGGGAAACCCCGAGCCAGAAUUCAGAUGGACCAAGAAUGGCCAGGAAUUCGACCCCGAUCUAGACCCCCGACUGAUGAAAGAGGAGAAUUCUGGGACCUUUGUGAUACCUAAUAAUGGGAACCUCACAGAGUACCAGGGAAACUAUCGCUGUUACGCCUCAAACAGACUGGGGACCGCCAUAUCCAAGGAGAUUGAGUUCAUUGUGCCCCAUGUCCCAAAGUUUCCUAAAGAGACCCUGGAUCCUGUGGAGGUGGAGGAAGGCCAGGCUUUGGUUUUAGAGUGUAACCCCCCUCAAGGGAUACCCCCCCUCCAGAUCUACUGGAUGACCAUCAGUAAGUGA